AAAGUGGCUAAUUGUGUCAUUUACACCCAAAAAUCAGAUUCAGCAACACAAACGUGUUAGUUACGGAAAUCAAACUCCCGGGUUCUAAGAAAUUCCCCUGCCAUCUUUUUCAAUCUUCCUCCUCUUCCAAACUCUGUUGUUGUGAUUGAAAUCAGUGAACGCGCAGCCAUGGAAUACGAUUACAGGAACAGAACAGGAUCUCCUUACGAUACACAAUUGCCGCCGAUGUACGGCAGACCAGCAACCGGCGCUCCACAUCCACAACCACAUCCCAUGUACGGUCAACAAGCACCCGGACUGUAUCCUAGGGUUGGUCAACCCUCCGGCGGCGUCCGUAACCCUCCUAUUCAUCACACCUCUUCUCCGUCUUCCAACACUGGAAUUGGCAUCAGAGUUGCUAUUAAACCUGAAUAUCGGAUUACACCUCCGCCUCCGCUGUCAACACAAGUGGGAGACAUUCCUCGAAGCACAUUCAACUUUGAUUUUGACUUUGAGAAAAAGAUUCUGGCCGAAGCAGAAAAGGAAAGCCAGAAUUGGAGCAGGCUAGGGCUGGAAAAUCUUCCAUCUAGAUUGCCAGAACAAACUAACACGGGAUCCACUGGAGAUUCUGUUAUAAACAAAUACACAGCAUUUGGUUUCAACAGAGAGGCUGUGGCCAUAGCGGUUGCAAAUUAUGGAGAUAACCCGAUCAAGGUCAAGGAAUUUGCAGAGAGAUAUACUCGCUUGAAAGAAGAGAUGGGAUUCUCAUCAAACAGUGUUGCAGAUGCCUUACUAUUGAAUGACAACGAUACAGACAAGGCGAUAUCUCAUUUGAUUGGCAAUUCAUCAUGAUAGUUUUUAUGAGCGAUGCUUCUCUAAAAAUAAAAUAAAAUUUGUAGAAUGUAAUGAAGGUGUCAGUACAUUAUAAUGUCAUUGUAAAUGUAUUUUGUGCGUGUGCAGAUAUAUAUUUUGUGAUAAGGCCUAUUAACUUUAGACAAGUGAGUUUGGCAUUGAUCUGAUAGCUGCAAGGUUGCGAUAAGCAAAGUCAGCUGUUGUUAUUCUUUUCCCA